AUGCCGCUCUACGUCUUCCUCCUCGACCUCGCGGCGCCGCCGUGCGCCACCGGCACACUCGGCCUCUUCGCCGCCUACCUGCCGGGCGUCCGGCCGAGGACCUUCUGCGCGAUUGUGGUGUUUGGAGACCUGCUGUGGAUCCCGGUGUUUGGAGACCUGCUGUGGAUCCCGGUCUCUGCGGCGGUGGCGGAGGUGGUGUCGGCGAGGGGGCUGGGGGAGCAGCAAGAGACGAGCGGGUUACUUUCGGCGUAG